AUGAAAGCUUUGAUUUUAUUAGUUUUGGCUUUGAGUGCUUUUGCAUUCACUGAGCAAAUGAUGUCUUUGGAAGAAUUAGCAAAUUUUAAUGUUAAAACAAUGGAUUGCUCAAGAUCAGAUCAAUUUUCUUUCAUAGAAAAACAAAUGAAACAAUGGGAGGAUUUAUUAAUUCAUCAAAAAGCCAUUUCUCAUGAUAUCAAGAUCCUUGAAUAAAUGGAAAAAAUGUUAACAACAAAACAUCAUUCUUUCUUAGAAGCAUAAGUCUCUGUUUCAGGAAAGAAGUUGCUAAAGAAAUUACACAAAUUAGAAUUACCACUUACAAAAAGCAAAAUUGGUUUAAGCCAAGUAAAAGUCUUAAGGGAAUAAUGUCAUGCCUUAGAUUCUGAAAGUAAAUAUAAAUGAAAUAAUUAUUAUAGAUCACGAAGAUAGAGCAGCUGCCAAAAAGGAAUUAUGUAAAUUAUUGAGAGAAUAUAUAAACAGUCUUAACAAUUGUAGAUAAUAAUGCAGAAGCACUCCAAUUACAGUAAUCAAGAUCAAAGGAUAAAUUAAAGAUAUCGAAAUUAUUAGAGGAGGAUGUACAAGUAAUGGAUCUUAAACUGGUGUUAAGGUAACAUCUGAAGAUGAUGAAACUCACGAAAUUACUAUUCAUCAUCAUCACAAAGGAAAAACAACUUCUGAAACUACUUAAGCUGCUGGUUCAACUAAUUAAGAAUCAGAAACAUAAGCAGAAUCACAUGAAGGUUAAGAAAGCUAAAAUGAAUAAACUUCAGCUACUGAAACUGGAGAAACAGGUGAAGAGGAAGUGACAGAAGAAAAUACUGAAACAGCUGAAGAAACUACUUAAGCAGAGGAGGAAGCAGCAGAAGAAACAACUGAAAAAGGAGAAGAAACAACAGAANAAAAUGUUAUCAUUAAUUAUUAUUUUGAAAAUACUAAAAAUAAUUAUGAUCUUUAUUAUAUUUUAUCAUUAGACUAAUAUAAUAAUUAUGAAUUCUUUGUAAUUUAUCCUAUUUUAUCUUUAAAAUAUUAUUAUUUUUUUCUAGGUUUUAUAUUUUAAAUAAAAUAUUUUAGAAGGAAUAUUGUGAAUUCGUUUUUGUGAAUAUUAUUUUUAAUGAAAGCUUUGAUUUUAUUAGUUUUGGCUUUGAGUGCUUUUGCAUUCACUGAGCAAAUGAUGUCUUUGGAAGAAUUAGCAAAUUUUAAUGUUAAAACAAUGGAUUGCUCAAGAUCAGAUCAAUUUUCUUUCAUAGAAAAACAAAUGAAACAAUGGGAGGAUUUAUUAAUUCAUCAAAAAGCCAUUUCUCAUGAUAUCAAGAUCCUUGAAUAAAUGGAAAAAAUGUUAACAACAAAACAUCAUUCUUUCUUAGAAGCAUAAGUCUCUGUUUCAGGAAAGAAGUUGCUAAAGAAAUUACACAAAUUAGAAUUACCACUUACAAAAAGCAAAAUUGGUUUAAGCCAAGUAAAAGUCUUAAGGGAAUAAUGUCAUGCCUUAGAUUCUGAAAGUAAAUAUAAAUGAAAUAAUUAUUAUAGAUCACGAAGAUAGAGCAGCUGCCAAAAAGGAAUUAUGUAAAUUAUUGAGAGAAUAUAUAAACAGUCUUAACAAUUGUAGAUAAUAAUGCAGAAGCACUCCAAUUACAGUAAUCAAGAUCAAAGGAUAAAUUAAAGAUAUCGAAAUUAUUAGAGGAGGAUGUACAAGUAAUGGAUCUUAAACUGGUGUUAAGGUAACAUCUGAAGAUGAUGAAACUCACGAAAUUACUAUUCAUCAUCAUCACAAAGGAAAAACAACUUCUGAAACUACUUAAGCUGCUGGUUCAACUAAUUAAGAAUCAGAAACAUAAGCAGAAUCACAUGAAGGUUAAGAAAGCUAAAAUGAAUAAACUUCAGCUACUGAAACUGGAGAAACAGGUGAAGAGGAAGUGACAGAAGAAAAUACUGAAACAGCUGAAGAAACUACUUAAGCAGAGGAGGAAGCAGCAGAAGAAACAACUGAAAAAGGAGAAGAAACAACAGAAGAAACAACAGAAGAAACAACUGAAACAACAGAAGGAACAACUGAAACAACAGAAGAAACAACUGAAACUACAGAAGAAACAACUGAAACUACAGAAGAAACAACCGAAACAACAGAAGAAACAACUGAAACCACAGAAGAAACAACAUAAGAAACAGGUACAGAAUGAUUAUGU